GAGCUUCGUAAAGAGAUUAACAUACCUUUUGUGUCCUUUGCUGACAUGGGAAGGUCGUACAGAACAUAAGCUAGGCUGCCUGUGACGGAUCAUUUUAUAAUUCUGGUUGUUUCCAUUGCCUUCGCGGUAUAGUUUCUUUCAAUGUUACUUCCAUCUGAUACACAACAAGGUGUUGUCUUUUCAUAUGAGCCUUGUAUUUAAGAUAUAUGCUACCAAACCACCUCGUUCAUCGCUACAGUUAAUUUUUGAGCGAGCAUCAACGACCAGAUAUCUCUUGGAAUUGUCAGACGCCACACCUAAUCAACGACAAGUGACCGAAAAAAAUAGUUCGGCUCAGAAUAAUGAAAAUUUCUUUGACAUGAAGACAUGAUUUGGCCGGUAAGUACCAGAAGAGGCUUAACGCUAAGCUGCAAUUUCUCGAUCUUGGACGCAGGCGUGCUGGAAACCACCUAUGAGAACGAAAAAGAGUCGGGAUCGUACUCGACAAGUUAUCAUUACUAUUCAACUGAAUAUGCAGUCGGUGGGAUGGGGAAAGCGCAAGUUGUUCUUUUAAAAAUCGGAAGCAAAGUUGAUCGCACUGCUUUUGUCGCUGAAUUUAUACUAGUACAAAGAACUUAUUGUGUGUCUCAAGCAAUUUUAUACACACUAUCGCUGUAUAUCAUAUGGUGAUGGCGACAGCCUUCUAACAAUCAAGAGAUUUAAGAGUCACGAAGCGUACACGGAGAUGAGACCCAAUUUACGUUCUUCUACUGCCAUAUUCCACCUUAAGUUAAACUCAAAACUGUGUAUUAAACAACAUUUUUUAAAUACGCCAGGUUAUGUACUCUAUAGGAGCUUCCCUUUUGACGCU